AUGAAGGUGUUGGGCGCAGCGGAUUCUCGCGUGCAGGCGAGUAACGAACUCAUUACGAAUAUCCGAGUCAUCAAGCUCUGUGCAUGGGAAGAAGAGUUUCGCAAGAAAGUUGGUCGCUUGCGAAACUUGGAGCUCUUAGAACUGCGUAUCCGUUUCUUCUGGUGGUCGGUAUCCAUGACCGUAUUUUAUUCUUUACCUUUUGUCACUACAAUCUUGACUCUGUUCAUCUACACUGUUGUUGAAGGCAAACCAUUGGAAACAAAGACUGCCUUUCCGGCUCUAGCAAUAUUUGCAGUUCUACGCAUCCCACUCGACAGAAUGGCGGCCAUGAUAUCGUUUAUUCUUCAGGCACAUGUAUCUAUCAGCCGCAUUGAAAAGUUCUUGAAUGAAAGGGGAAGUAGUCGACAUAAUCAGCGCAUGGAAGGCGAUGGAGUGAUAAUUGGAUUCGAAAAUGCCACCUUUGAAUGGCCAACUCAAGGCGAUGGUGAGCCCAGUGCUAGCGAAGACAUCCAACACACCGAAUCUUCACCCGCACAGGCAUUUAGAUUAUCAAAGCUUGAGAUAAAGUUUCAAAAAGAUGGCCUAAAUGUCGUCUGCGGGCCUAGCGGGUCUGGAAAGUCGUCACUGCUGUUGGCACUACUGGGGGAGAUGGAGCUCCUCCGAGGCCGUGUACAUUUACCUCUGGCACAGCAGCCGAUCGACACUGAUUCUCUGACUAGCAACGCAGCAUAUUGUCCGCAGGAACCUUGGAUUAUGAACCAAACAAUCCGAGCCAAUAUCUUGUUUGGGUUGCCAUUGCAAAACCACCGCUACAAGAUGGUUCUUGAUGCGGUGGAUUUGAAUCGAGAUCUUGCGGAGUUUGAGAACGGUGAUCUUGUCAUCGCGGGGGAACGCGGUAGCCGCUUGUCUGGUGGCCAAAAACAAAGAGUCGCAUUAGCAAGGGCAUUGUAUAGUCCUGCUCCAUUCCUUCUCUUGGAUGAUUGUCUCAGUGCACUUGAUUCGCGUACUGGAAGGCAUAUACUUUUACAUGCAAUUAAAGGUCCUUUGAUGGAAGGAAGAACGUGCAUUCUUGCGACACACCAUGCUCAGCUUGUUCUUCCCCAUUGUGACUUUGCGGUCUUCUUAAACAAUGGCAAUGUAAAGCAACAGGGAGGUGUUUCAGAACUUUUAAAGUUGGGUAUUAUCGAGGCAAAUGGACUCGUUGCCAGACCGGACAACAGUUUAGAGUCAUUGUACUUUGCACAGCGUUCACAAACAGCUGCUUAUACAGGGAUACAACCGGAAGUAUCUGAAGAAGAAGAAGAAACAUCGGAUAGUCACUCGGGGGGUGUGGAUGCAUCUUCAGCAGCCAAAGUCGAACCGGUUUAUCACGAAGAAAUGGGGACCGGAGCUGUUUCUCUCUCUGUCAUCAAAGCAUAUCUUACGUCUAUGGGCAGUCGGAGAUUCUGGACAAUUGUAUUCCUUGCAUUCACUCUUCAGCAGUUUGCUUCUCUGGGGACGAAUCUCUGGGUCAAAACAUGGGCGCAUCAGUUCGACCAGCUAGUGGAAGCUUCGGCAAAUUCUCAAGGAGAUACUAGGCACGUAAACUCCGUUUACUACCUUGCUGUUUAUGGCUUCAUCUGCUUGGCAUAUGUUCUUGUCUCGUUUGUCCGUGAUCUCAUGACUUUCUCUGGGGCACUCAAAGCCUCAGCCCGAUUGUUCGAUAGCUUGUUGGAUUCUACUCUUCAUGCUCGCUUGACGUUCUUCGACAAGGUUCCCUUUGGUCAAAUCACAAAUCGCUUUUCAAGGGACGUCGAAGCAGUCGACCAAGAAGUUGCUCCCCACUCAAUGAGCACUUUUUACACUUUCUGUUCCCUUGCUACAGGUAUUAUACUGAUAUCUGUUACGGUACCUGUUUUUCUCCCAAUAGCCAUUAUCAUUUGCUUUGCUUAUUACAUCAUCACUGUUAUAUACAUCAACAGUGCACGAGAUCUGAAGAGAAUUGAGUCUGUUCAGAGAUCUCCUUUGUAUCAGCAUUUUGGAGAGGCACUUGCCGGCUAUAUCAGUGUGCGUGCCUACGGGCAAAUCGAGCGAUAUAAAAAAGAAAAUCAGAUGCUCAUUGAUGGAUAUAACCAGCCUUAUGUUUUGCUCUGGGCAGCUAAAGGAUGGCUGACGCUACGUAUCGCCUGUCUGAGCGCUCUGAUUUCUUGGCUGACGGGUACGUUCCUGCUCUGGCGCAUGGAUAGCGGAACUGUCGGCCCAGGAAUCGCUGGUCUAGCACUCACAUACGCUGCUACUUUUAGCGACAACGUUCUUUGGUUUGUCCAACUAUACGCGAUAGUUCAACAGAGCUUUAAUUCAGUCGAGCGUAUUGUCGAGUACACAGACAUCAAGCAGGAGCCGAGCCAGCCACUUGAGACAUCACCGUACAAUCUAUCGCCUCAUUGGCCUGCUCAUGGCAAUGUGAGUUUCCAAGAAUAUACCACACGAUAUGCUUCGGAGCUUGACCCAGUGCUGGUGGACUUGAAUUUCGAUGUGAACGCUGGGCAACGGGUGGCGGUGGUUGGGCGCACAGGGGCAGGCAAGAGUACAUUGGCACUGGCCCUUAUUCGUGCAGUUGAAGCUGACGCAGGACGUAUCACUAUUGACGGUGUCAGUAUUGCGUCGGUAAAUCUGGAUCGCUUACGACGAGCGGUGACUGUGGUACCGCAAGAUCCCACUCUUUUCGACGGCAGCUUGCGCGAUAACCUAGAUCCACUGCGACAGUAUACUGACGACGAACUCCGCGACGUUCUCAGGAGGUUGCAAUUCUUUCAGUCUCUUCCAUCAGGAGACCUAGAUCAUCCGGCUGCGGCCUUAUCGAUGGGUCAGCGUCAGUUAGUCUGUAUCGCGCGGGCACUUCUCCGUCGAUCUCGGGUUUUGGUCCUAGACGAAGCAACAGCGUCUAUCGAUCACGACACAGAUGCUUUGAUCCAGGCAGGACUGCGAUCGACCAUUGCGGCCGGGACUACCGUUUUGACUAUUGCCCACCGCCUACAGACUAUUGCAGAUUAUGACCGUGUGGUCGUCUUGGAUUCCGGCCGAGUUGUAGAACAGGGGCCAGUCGCUGAACUUCUUCAUAAGCAAGGAGACAGAGCUUUCUUUCGGCAAUUGUGUGAGCAAUCGGGAGACUUGGCUCACAUUGAGCGAGUGGUAAAGAGCCUGAAAACGCAUCGAGCAUUUUCAGAUUAG